GCAUAAUUCAAAUUCAAAAAUGUCACGACAAAAGGGUGCCAAUGAUGAACCCCCAAGUGAUGAUAUUGGUUGGAAAUUUGGAACUCAAGUUGAAGGCACUAGACAUCAUAUUAUUUGCAAAUUUUGUGGACAUCACAUUAAAGGUGGGAUUACGCGUUUCAAACAACAUUUAGCACAUCAAACAGGACAAGUGCGUUCUUGUCCUAAUGUUAGUAGAGACGUGAUGCAAGAAAUGAUGAAACAUUUACAAAAUAAGAAAAUGAGUAAAGUAGACAAACAAAAGAGAAAAGCUGAAUUGGAAGCACAUAUUAGGGGAGAUGAUCUCUAUGAUGAAAAUGAAGAGGGAGAUUUUGUAGAUCUUCGAGAUGAUGACUCUGACUCUGAUCCAGAGAUGACCAGGGCUAGACAAGCAAGUAUUCGUUCACAACAACAAUGGGAGGAAAGGCAACAAUUUAGACGAGGUGUUGCAGGUCAUGGAUCACAAUACGAUGCAGGUGGUAGUUCUGGUGCAGGGGGUAGUGGUCGAAGAUUGCCUAAAGGGUCAGGUAUUGCUAAUGUUUUUCGUCGAUCACAAUCUGUGCGUGAAACUGGUGGGAGUGGACGUAAUUGGAUUAAGCCUAAUGCUCCUGAAGCAAGGUUGAGGGCAAUGGAUGUAGAACUCCAAAAGAGCAAGAGUACAAAACAGCGAAAAAUCUCCACAAUGAAUUUACAGAAGCUAAAAGAGAGAUUGGGACGGGCAGUGUCCAAGUUUGUACUCUAUAAUCGUAUUCCAUUCAAUGCAGUUGAUUCAGAGUAUACACAACCCAUGCUUGAUAUUGCUGCUGAAGUAGGUCCAGGAGUAAAGGGUCCUAGUGCUUAUGAAGUUUCUGAAGUAUAUUUGGGCAUGGAGCAUGAUGAAAUGACAGAAUGGAUAGGAUCAUUCAAGGGAAUUUGGGCAGAGAGAGGUGUAUCCAUCAUGUGUGAUGGUUGGAGCAGUCUAACUCGGCAACACAUCAUCAACUUCUUAGUGUACUGCAAUAGAGGUACUAUAUUUCACAAAUCAAUUGAUGCCUCUAAUAUUGUUAGUAGGACUGUUGAAUAUUAUUUUGGGUUGUUAGAUAAAGUUGUUGAUGAAAUUGGCGAACAAUACGUUGUUCAAGUGGUAACUGAUAAUGAACCUGCAUUGAAAGCUGCCGGUAAAAUGUUAAUGAGAAAAAGGAAACAUUUAUAUUGGACAGCUUGUUCAGCACAUUGUAUCGAUCUCAUGCUAAAAGACAUAGCCAAUAAGAAAAGUGUAGCAAAGGUGAUUGAAGAUGGUAAAACCAUCACCAAUUUCAUUUAUAAUAGUGGAUGGGUGUUGGAUUUAAUGAGAAAAUUCACUGGAGGUAGAGAAUUGAUUCGACCUGCCAUCACUCGAUUUGCUACAAAUUUUAUUGCCAUUGAGAGUAUUGUUAGAUAUAAACAACAAUUGAGAGCUAUGUUUAAUAGUGAUGAGUGGAAGAAUUCUAGAUGGGGGAAGGCAAAGACUGGGCAGCCUUACAAUGUGAAAAAAAUUAUUUUGGGAAAGGAGUUUUGGCAGAAAGCAACAGAGCUUUGUAAAGUUCAUGAGCCCCUAGUCAGAGUAUUGAGGUUGGUUGAUGGAGAUGAGAAGCCAACAAUGGGUUUCAUAUAUGAAGCUAUAGAUAGAGCAAAGUUGGCAAUUCAAAGAGAUUGUCGCUACUACACCGAGUAUUGGAAAAUUAUUGAUACUCGAUGGUCUUUUCAAUUGCAUCAAGAUUUGCAUGCGGCUGGAUAUUUUUUAAAUCCUCAAUUCCAAUAUGGUGUUACGUCAUCCAAUGAAAUGAUAAGAGAAGUGAUGGAUGGACUUAAAAAAGUAAUUACCAGACUGGAGCCUAAUAUGGAUGCUCAAGUGAAAGCAACAAAUCAAUUGUUGCUGUUUCGAGAUAAACAGGAAACUUUUGGUACUCCUUUAGCACAAAGAGCAUGGAAACAAUCAAAUCCAGCUGAGUGGUGGAUUAUUCAUGGCAGUUGUGCUCCUGAACUUCAAAAAAUAGCUGUGAAAGUAUUAAGUCAAACCACCACAUCAUCUCACCGUGAACGUAAUUGGAGUACUUUUAGUCUCAUCCAUACGAAGACGAGGAAUAGAUUGAAAUAUAAGAAAAUCCAAAGAUUAGUCUUCAUUACCUACAACAUGAGAUUAAAAUUGAGACACGUUAAAAGAAGCAGCCAAGAGGAGAUUGAUAGGAUUUAA